GGAGACCGGAUAUAGUGAAUGCCGGGUCCGGGGAGACCAGAUAUAGUGAAUGCAGGGUCCGGGGAGACCAGAUAUAGUGAAUGCAAGGUCCGGGGAGACCGGAUAUAGUGAAUGCAGGGUCCGGGGAGACCGGAUAUAGUGAAUGCAGGGUCCGGGGAGACCGGAUAUAGUGAAUGCAGGGUCCGGGGAGACCGGAUAUAGUGAAUGCAGGGUCCGGGGAGACCGGAUAUAGUGAAUGCAGGGUCCUGGGUUUAGUAACACUUUACGCCUUUACUGGCAAUAAAGUGAAGGUACAUUGCUGGAGAUCAGUUUCUGUGUUCUUUUACCCCAUUUAAAGGUUAUCCAAAACCAAAACCUAAUAU